AAGCAAUCACAUCAGGAAAUUCAACACAUCCAAACUUGCUAAAAUCUGUAAUUGUUCAAGGCAAAGCAGGUACAGGAAAGAGCCUACUGAUACAUGCAAUGAAAAGCAUUAUCCGCAAUAGUUUGGGAUCAGAUGCCUUUUGCCUACUUGGUCCAACAGGUGUCAGUGCACUAAACAUAAAUGGGUCAACAAUCCACUCUAAGCUCCACAUUCAUCCCAAAACAAGAGAAGUUCUACCUUUAAAAGGAACAGCUGUUCAUGAGUUUCGAAAAAAAUUUGAAAAUGUUCACUUUGUUUUGAUUGAUGAAUAUAGUAUGGUCGGAUGCAACAUGUUGAAUUUAAUUGAAAAGAGACUUAAAGAAGCAAUGGACAGAGAUAAUGAACCAUAUGGUGGUGUGUUUACUUUCUUUUUUUGGUGAUAUUAAACAACUGGCUCCUGUUGGAGAUAGUGCUCCAUA